GACACUUUAUUUGGAGUUUAUAUAUCUCUUCUUGUUCUCUUCUACUUUUGCUUCCUACCUAUUCAAUUCAACAUUUCCAUUUUUUUUCCUCCUUUUUCCUUCACUUUCUCAGUGAUUCUUCUUAGGGAUUGAUCCAUUUUGUUCAAUUCCCUAGGAAUGAAUUACCAUUGAUUGCCUUUCUUUUUGUGCUUUUUUUAUUUGUCUCUUUUGGAUUGUUGGAAAUACUUUUUUGGUGAUUUUUUAUGGUUGAUGAAAGGUUAAAAAAGAUUGUUCUCUAGUCUAGUGCAUAUACUAUUAUCUUGUGAAUUUUGUGCUUCAAAUUUUGAGGUAAUUUCUUUCAACAGAUCUACACUACACAUUGGAGGAGAUCAUUAAUCAAGGUUGAAUUUGAAUUAUAUAAAUAUGAACAAUUUCUCACACGUUCCUCCUGGAUUUCGUUUCCAUCCCACUGAUGAAGAACUUGUUGAUCACUAUCUUAGAAAAAAGAUAGCUUCCAAAAGAAUUGAUCUUGAUAUCAUUAAAGAUGUUGAUCUCUAUAAAAUUGAACCGUGGGAUCUACAAGAAUUAUGCAAAAUAGGAAGUGAUGAACAAACAGAAUGGUAUUUCUUCAGUCAUAAAGAUAAGAAAUAUCCAACUAGUAGCCGUACAAAUAGAGCUACAAAAGCAGGAUUCUGGAAAGCAACUGGAAGAGACAAAGCAAUUUACUCAAACCAUAUUUCUUUGAUUGGAAUGAGAAAGACUCUAGUUUUCUACAAAGGAAGAGCACCCAAUGGACAAAAAUCUGAUUGGAUCAUGCAUGAAUAUCGUUUAGAAACUAAUGAAAAUGGAACUACUCCUCAAGAAGAAGGAUGGGCUGUGUGUAAAGUGUUCAAGAAAAGAAUAGCUUCAACAAUGAUGAGGAGAAUGGAUGAUUCACCAUGUGGAUAUGAUGAUCAAGUAUCAUUCAUGCAAUCAGAGCUUGAAUCCUCUCCAAACAGAAUUUCUCAUGCAUCAUACCAACAACAUUACCCUUGCAAACAAGAAUACUAUGAUAGAUUUCAAUACAAUAUAGCCAUUAAUAAUGAUGCUAAUAAUUUCCUCCAACUUCCACAACUAGAAAGCCCUAAAAUUCCUAAUAAUUUUCAGUGUUCAUCAUCAUCAACAUCACAUUCACUCACUACUCAUCAAGAACAACAAUAUUAUAGCCAUCAACAAAAUAUGCAAAUGCUUUAUGGUGGUAGCAAUAAUGAUAAUCAAGCUGCAGGAUUAGUGGAGCAAUCAAGGGAUUGGAGAGUACUUGAUAAAUUUGUUGCUUCUCAGCUAAGUCAUGAUCAAGAUGCUUCUAAGGAAAGUACUAGUUAUUGCAAUGUGGAUGAACAAAUUGCUUUGCUAGCAAGUGAUGAGUCAAAAAAAUCUGAAACUAGUCAGAUUGAUCACAUGUGGAAGUGAAGAUCUAUAUAUAUGAAGAUGCUUAUUAUAUAUUAUAGGGAAGUAUAGUACAAUUUAACUCUAUAUAUAUCAGUCCAAGUUUAAUUGUGUAAAUAUGAAACCCUAUAGUUGAAUAUUUCUUAUGAUUACUAUGAGAUGAACAUAUGGUGCAAUACUGCCACAGUAUAUUAUGAGUGGUGUAUUAAUCCUUUAAAUUGUAUUCAGAGGUUAGAAUGUGAUUAGGGCAUGUUGGCAUAUAAGUGUCCUAACAAUUUUAUCCCAUUUAUAAUUAUUUCAUUUUGUAUUUGAAUUGAAGUAUCUCUGUACUUCUCUUAUCAUCGAUCUUUCUAUCUAAAUAUUAUCAUUCUUUUGGUGGAA